AUGGCUUCCAUCGUUGCUUCUUCCGCCAUCGUCACCCCGGUCUCAGCUUUGGCGGCGACCACCAGCACCUCGUCGGCCGAGGUUGUGUCCGUCAAGGCCUUCUCAGGCCUCAGGGCCGGCGCAUUCGCAGGCAAGGCCGAGUGGCAGAAGAAGACCAUCACCAAUGGCAGCCGCAUCAGCUGCAUGCAGGUCUGGGAGCCCUACAACAACCUCAGGUUCGAGACCCUUUCGUACCUGCCGGCCCUGAGCCAGGAUUCUCUGGCCAAGCAGAUCGACUACAUGAUCUCCAACAACAUGAUUCCGUGCAUCGAGUUCGACACGCAGGGAGUGGUGUUCCGCGAGUUCAGCAGGAUGCCCGGCUACUACGACGGCCGAUACUGGACCAUGUGGAAGCUGCCCAUGUUCGGGUGCAAGGACUCGUCGACGGUGCUGGGCGAGGUCGAGGAAUGCAAGAAGCUGUACGGUGACAAGUGCUUCAUCAGGGUGCUGGGAUUCGACAACAUCAAGCAGGUCCAGUGCUCUGCCUUCAUCGUCCACAAGCCCAGCCAGUAG